AUGGCGCCUGUUGAUGCUGAAGAACUAAAGCGCGCGCCCGAGGGCAAAGAGAGGAAGAACAAAAAUGAGAAGAAGGCCCUUAAAGCGCAGUCGAAGCGCGACCGCAAGCCUAAGAAGACCGAGCGCACCGCCCACAAGGACGAGAAGCGCUUCCACCGCAUGCUGAAGCGCGCCGAUAAACUUGAAGAGCAGGCUAAGAAGCUCAUGGCCGAGGCUCAGCGCGCGCGUGUGCGUUAUGCUGCGAUGGCCGAGCAACGAGCUAAGGUGGCUGAUGAAGGGCUGAAGAAACCUGCAAACGCGGCCGAAGGCAAUGAGAGCGAUGGCAGCUCCUCCGACUCAAGUACCGACUCUUCCUCCGACUCUGACCUAGACUCGGAGGCAGAGGAGCAGGCUGGCGGCGCGUCUGUCAGGGAAGAUGUCGAGAUGGGAUCCGAGUCCCCGAACCCUAGUGCUCAGCUCCGUGCGGAAAGCGAGGCGAGAGCGGCGAGCGAUGAACAGAUGGAGAUUGAUGAGGAAGACGUCAAGCCAAAGAAGUCCAAGAAGGAGAAGAAGAACAAGGCGAAAUCCGUCCUGGCCGUCGUGCACGAAGAGAAGGACGAUGAGAUUUCGACGCCUGCGAAGGAUAAGAAGGACAAGAAGAAGAAGAAGAAACUUAUGAAGGAAGAUGAACCUGUUGCCACUAAGGAAGCCGCCGAAUCCCACGAGGCCCCUAAGGAGAAGAAGGACAAGAAGGACAAGAAGAGUAAAAAGUCCAAGAAUGAGGAGACUGAAGAGGAGAUGAAAGAGGGCAAGAAAUCCGACAAGAAGCGCAAGCGUGCGCAAGCGGAGGAUGGCGAAUCAGAUGGCGGCGCCGCUAUUGCUGAGGAGACCCCCACCAAGAAGGAUAACAAGAAAAAGAAGGCCAAGAAAGAUGCCCUCGAGACUCCUGCUGCCGAUGCCGCCGCAAAUGAUGGAGAUCAGUGGGAUGUCGGCGCUCUCGGAGGCGGCAGCGAUCGUCAGAAGAAGUUCAUGCGCCUCCUCGGCGGUGGAAAGAAGGGUGCUACAAGCUCACCUGCAGCCGCUGGCCCCAAGGGCAAGCGCGACAUUGGCAAGAUCACCAAGGAACUUGAACAGCAGUUCAACGUUGGUGUGCAUAUGAAAUACGAUGGCGGUGCCCAGCGUCGCGGCCUGGGCGCAUAA